CAGCGCUGCAGCUCUAUAGCUCGAUUUUUUUUAAUUUCCGUUUUCCUCAACUUUAUCUCUUGUAACUUGUUGAGAGCCACUCCUCGCGUUGUUUACUUCUUUGAAGGUUGUCUACCCUGCCGUCUGGAAUUUCGCUCUUUGACGUUUGUGGGUUGUGAGAAAAUGCCUAAAUAAGGGCAUUUAUCGAAAGUGUUGAUAGUUCGUGAUGUAGUUUGCAAAUUCUGAAAAGAAUACUCGUGCAACUGGCAGCUCGUUAUCAUGGAUGACUUAGAUGCUCUCUUGGCCGAUCUUCAAAACACGGUCUCUCCGGGGAGUGUUAGCGGAGGUAGCUCAGGAUACGGCUCUUUGAACACGUCUCGAACCACAAGACAGUCUCCGAGCUGUGAAAGCCCUGCACCGAAAGUCGACUCCUACAGUGUCAGAUCCGGCACCUAUGGUAAAACCCAGCCGCCUUCCGGCCCCCGAAGUCCCGGAUACGGCCAACAUGGCGGCGUCGGUUACGGUUCCGGCCAGACACCGACCGAAAAGCGCACUGUCAAUAACAACUUAUCCGAGCUAGAUAUUCUGUUGCAAGAUUUGAGCAACCCCAGAUACGCCACUACGUCAGAAAACGGCAUGAACGGUACUUUGAACGGUGGUACUUACAACGGCUCCGGUGGCCUGAGCCCUGCCACCCAUUCCCGGCCCUCCAGCGCCCAGAGCACCCUAAACCGGCGCACCGUCGACAGUCUCUUGGAGGAAUUAAAUUCAGGCGAUGUGAUAUACACCGGCCCGAAAAAGGUCACCAUAACGGUUAAAGAAACCAAAACCGAAACGGGCUAUCCCGGUGAAACCGAAUUGAUUUCGUCUCAUGUCACCACUUCGACGGCACCCGCAGCCUCUUCGGCUACGAGGGAACUCGACUACUUGAUGGCGAGUCUGUCAGGAAUUAAGGUGAACCAGGGCCAGCCCCAGCACCAGACCGUCACCGAUUCUCAGUACGCGCGUCCCACCAAGGCCACGCAGAGCAGCGCCGCCCCCAAGCAGAACCUUGAUUCUAUGCUUGGCAACUUACAAGCAGACAUGAGUAGACAAGGAGUCAACACGAGCCAGAAGGGUUGCUGCAGCGCCUGCGACAAACCGAUUGUGGGCCAGGUCAUAACCGCGUUGGGCAAGACGUGGCACCCGGAGCACUUCACCUGCGCCCAUUGCACCCAGGAGCUUGGAACGAGGAACUUCUUCGAGAGGGACGGAAAGCCCUACUGCGAGCCAGAUUACCACAACCUAUUCAGCCCUAGGUGCGCGUACUGCAACGGGCCCAUUCUGGACAAAUGCGUUACCGCGCUAGAGAAGACCUGGCACAUGGAGCACUUCUUCUGCGCCCAAUGCGGCAAACAGUUCGGGGAGGAGGGGUUCCACGAGAGGGAGGGGAAGCCCUAUUGCAGGGACGACUAUUUCGAUAUGUUUGCCCCCAAGUGCGGGGCUUGCAAUAGGGCGAUCAUGGAGAACUAUAUUUCAGCCUUGAAUGCACAGUGGCACCCUGAUUGUUUCGUUUGCAGGGACUGCCGCCAACCCUUCAUAGGCGGCUCUUUCUUCGACCACGAAGGACAGCCCUACUGCGAAACCCACUACCACCUAAAACGUGGCUCUCUUUGUGCCGGUUGCCAUAAGCCCAUUUCCGGAAGAUGCAUCACCGCCAUGUUUAGAAAAUUCCAUCCCGAGCAUUUCGUUUGUGCUUUUUGCUUGAAGCAGUUAAAUAAAGGCACCUUUAAGGAACAAAACGAUAAGCCAUAUUGCCAUACGUGUUUUGAUAAGCUUUUUGGUUAAUUAUUUUUUCUGCACUUUUAUUCUUUUUUGCUAGAGGUGGAAGCUUCCUCUGAUAUUAUACCAAGACGUUGUGGAGGAAUUCUAUUUAGCAUAUUCAAAUAUCUAAAUGUUUUACAUAACUCUAGUAGGUUUGCUUAAUCAAUUAACUUAAGAUUUAAAAAAUAUUUUAUUGCUUUAUUUUCUUAUUCAACUUUUGAUUUUAUUUUACAGAGAACACGUAUGAGGUUAUGAUGCACUUGUUGUAUUUUGCAUUUUUGAAAAUUUACAAGUUGCCAUUUUAUUUUUUAUACUUUAAUAAUUUUUAUUGGUUGUUAAUUCGUACUGUAAUUAUUUUAUAACAAGAGAACUAAUUUUAGAAUAUUGUAAUAUUUAAUGUGUGAAAUAAAGUGAUCAAAGAAUA